AUGGCCGCACCCAACUCGGAUCCUGAUUACUUCUACUACAUGAACUACCCGAAACCUGUCUGGACCACUGAUACACCUGUUGAGAUCCCUCUGUAUCAUAUUCCAACACUUGCGGAUAUUCUUGGCACCUGCAUCAUCCAUCGCUGCAUCGGCAAAAAGGGAACAGGAAUACUGGCCGACCAGUGCAAAGUUACACUCUCAAACAAUAUACGAACAACCAUGAGUACAUUCCCGAAGACUGACUCAUAUGGCAGCGAUGCUUGGACAGACACGAAGUAUCUCUUCAAACUGGCCAGAUUGUGUCUAUGUGAGGACUGCUGCCAAACACAGUUGUCAGAUGUGGUGGUCGCGUGGUUGAAUGAGAUUCUAGAUGCAGCUAGGGACGAAGACGAGAGAGCAGAUUCUGUCGUUGAUGCCGAGGAGACGAAGUCGUUGCUUGCAGGUCUAGCUCCUGUCAAGAGUCUGGUCGCAGCUUCCGUUGCUACACGCAACCUGUUCAGCAAGGUCUGUGGGUUUUGGUCGUGA